AUGAUACUUGAACGACAUAGUAUUGGUCCUAUGACACCCCCAAAGGAUGCAAGCUUCAGCAAGAACGAUGCAAUGACGACCAAACUUGAAAUAGACAGGCCUCCUCCAGCGUAUAGUGACGACUUUCUCAACCAUGGUCGUGAUAAUGGCACGUCCUCGCGAAGCCAACUUCAAGUCCCGAAUGUUCAAUCACGGUACAAUCAAAGUAGCGUUUCGGUGAACAGUCAAGACCCAGCACCAAGUGCAGAUCAAGUGCACAUCUUUGAACGGAAUCAUGAUAUCAAAGGCACGUUUUUCAUCGACCCUCUUGUUAUGGCCUAUCAACGUCGGAAAGGGAAAAAGUCAAAAAAGGAACUACCGCAUGCCUCUUUCCGGUCUCGAAAAGGUUCUGUUGAAUUGGAGUUGGCGACAACUGGCGACAUUCAGAAAGCCCCCAAAGCCAACAUAAGUGUCUCUAGUCAUUCAGGAAGUAUACAAAUUACAUUACUUCCAAUGCCUGCAUCGAGACCUCGAAUGGGUCUCGAUGUCAAUUCGACGCAUGGGAAUGUUGUUCUAUAUAUCCCCGAGGGAUACUCUGGCGUACUGCAUCUUAAAACAAAGAAAGGUGGUAUCGAAUUGUUACCAGCAUUGGCGACCCAUAUCAAGACAGUGAAAUUCACUGCUAGGGAAACAAUAUUUAUGAUUGGGACCCAAAACAAUCUCUACGAAUUGGACAACUCCAGGGAAGCUUCCUUUUGCCAGGUAGAGAGUCGAACAGGUCACAUAGUUGUGGGUCUCAGUGGCAGGGACCGCUACCAAGCUCCUGUGGGUUUCUGGAAACGCCUUGGGGGUUAUUUUGGGCUUGGUGGCGAGAGCAGUAAUGGUAGCGAAAAGGACAUAUCUGGAUAA